GUAAAUUCUAUUAGAAUAAAAGAAACAAAAAUAAAAUUUAAAAAAUGGAAUAACUAUACUCAAUAGUAGUUAUGGUGGGUGUUGGUUCUUAAUAUUAUUAUGUGUUUUGCUCUGCACCAGUGGUGUUAAUCAUUCCUACUGGCACUUAAGAGGUCACAAGGCCAGUUACAUUUCAUCGGAAGGGAUUUUCUGGAAAUGAGAAGGAGGAAAGGUUUCUGAAAUGAGGGUUGGAAUGUUUGGUUCAACCCCAAAGAUGUACCAAUGAAUCUCAGAAUAGUGAAAUAAAUGAGUCAUUUGUCCAACCAUCACUUAAGAAGUCGUGUAUUUUUGACUUUUGAGGCUCAUGUGUGGGUUCCAUGUAAGUUCAAGGUACUUAAAGGCUUUGGUUGCAAGAAGCUCAAAUUGCAAAUUGGCCAUGGAGUUUUUACCCCUGAAGACUCAAUGAUGGAGGGUGUCCAGAUCUCGUUUUACAGAUUUAAAGAUUCCAUACAACAAGACCUUGCUGAAGCCGACCUUGUUAUUAGCCAUGCAGGUGCAGGUAGCUGUCUAGAAACACUCGAGCUUGAAAAACCCCUGCUCGCUGUCAUCAACGAAGACCUCAUGAACAACCACCAGUUCGAAGUUGCGAAAAAGCUAAGCGAUUCAAAAUAUCUACACUACACAACGUGCGGGAAGUUGUUAGAAACAAUACAAUACAUAGAUUUCAGCUCGCUACGCACGUAUCCAAAACGAGACCCUAAACGUUUUGUAAAAGCUAUAGAUUGUAUUAUGGGAUUUCCAACUUAAAGGAUGAUGUGUAAAGUAAAGUGACCUUGACUUAUCAUUUUUAUUUUAUCUAUAAGACAAUUUUGGUACAAAUUAUUUUAUUUUAUUUUUGUUUUAAUAGGAUUGUGUGCUUUCAUGCUCAAAUUAAUUUAAGUAUCAAUUAUACAACCUCUAUGUUCUUACUCUUUAUAAUUUUAAGUAAUCCUGUAAAUAUGUAGGUAAUUUAAAUUCAAAAUUAAAUAUACACCAAAGAAAAGACAGUCUCUUUACCGAGUAAAGGCUCGUAUUUGUUGUUAAUGCUAUGAAAAGUUAUUACGCAAGAAUAAUGUAAUAAUAAUAAUAAAAUGAAAUAUACAAAUAAAUUAACACUGUAUUUCAAAUUACAAACAAAAUUAAACGAAAAACUAAACAUUAU